CUGUAAAUCCAGUACUUAUCACCCAUACCUCAACAGCACUUGCUUCGUAAUUAGUGACGAGUGUACUAUAGUGAGGUCCUACACUAGUGGUGUUUAUAUGCUUGUAUAAGCAUACGCCUCUUAGUAUAGUUGUAUAUAUACAGUGCAUUUUCUACGCCAUCGCACAAGUAGUCAUGCCGGCACUAGCUCAACCGGACGCGAGCAACAAGCGUAUCAAGCUGGAAUCAACACAAGAUGGCGAUUUUGUACGUGGACGUAAGGGCGAGAGUAAACCAAAACAAAGUAUACCCGAAGUGAAAAAAGAGGCGACAAGCUCUGUCGCACUCAAAUCCUUGUUUGGUCAGACAGAGCCCGUAGCAGUCAGUAAAGCCGGGAAAAAAAGCAGUGGCAAAGAUGCCAAGAGUAAAGAUGUAAAAGUCAAGAAACGCGACAAGCAUGAGAAGAAAGCUACGACUGUACAACAGCUGAGUAUCAAACGCCUGGAUGCGGGUACAGUGUGUAUGGGACAAAUUAAAUACGUAUCGGAUUACUUUGUGCUCGUUACACUGCCCAGUGGACUGUCUGGUAAGGUCAUGAUCACCGAUGUGUGUAGCGAACUCUCAGCAAAGGCUGCCGCAGAGGCGGAUGCCAGCGACAGUGAUGAGGAGGAUAGCGAUACUGAGAGUAUGCAGGAAGACAAAGAGAAAGAAUCCAACUUACCAGAGAUGCGCGACUUGUUUUCGCUGGGACAGAUGGUGGUAUGUGCGGUCAAACAGGUGGUUAAGAAUGUAGGCGGAGGUAAGAGAGAGAUCAAUCUGACUGUAGAUCCUGCGACACUUAACAGGGGAUUAAAACCAGAGAAUGUGCAGAACGGUGGCAUUCUAUCGGGAGUAGUGACGAGUAUUGAGGAUCAUGGAUAUCUGGUGUCUUUUGGUGUCGAUGGGCUCAAGGGAUUUAUGAAAAAGACCAGUGAUACAGAAUCUGUCAAGCUGUACGCACCCAGGAAAUUUUUUGUCGAGGACAUGAAUGCCGACGGACGCACUGCCACGGUUGUGCUGGACAGCUUACGCAUCAGUUCAGCCGUAGCACGCUCGAGUGGAAACUACACUUACAGCACACUAACCGCAGGAUUGCUGGUGAACGCGGUGGUGUCGGAGGUGCUGAACGACGGUCUUGCGCUUACUUUCCUUGGCUUUGAUGGAAGUGUUGACCUGUUCCAUCUCCGGGAGGUUGUGGACCCGAGUAUGCUGGAGCAGAAGUACCCGGUAAAGACAAAAGUGCGUGCGCGUAUUCUACACAUCAACCGAGCCACGAAGCGCAUCGGCUUAACUCUACGCCCGGAUUUGGUGGGCCUAAAAGCUACCGACUUUGCACCCGUAGAAGUUGGACAGAAAUUUGAUGGCCUCACAGUAAUUCGCAGUACAUCCAGUGGACUGUUGUUCAAGCUGCCUGAAGUUGCAGGGGGGCAUUACGCAUAUGCUCAUUGUACUCGUAUCAGCGAUGACAAAGACUUUGAACUGGCCGGGAAUAAGAAGUACAAGGUGGGCAGGACGAUCCCAUGUCGAGUUACCGGGUUUAACACAAUCGAUGGCGUUGUGAAUGUCUCCGCGCAACCGUCGGUAGUAGACCAGAAGUACUAUCGCUAUGAAGAUGUCAAGGCGGGUAUGAAGAUCGAGGGUACAGUUACCAACAUAUCGGAUUCCAGCAUGUACAUUCAGAUUUCCAAGCAAGUGCGUGGCGUCUGUCCUUCGUCGCACUUCGCUGAUUUCCAGCUGAAGAAUCCCAAGAAGAAAUUCCGCGAGGGUAUGACCAUCAAGUGCAAAGUCUUGUCGGUUGACUGCGCGAAGCAGCGCUUGGUGCUCACCCACAAGUCCACACUGGUCAAGUCGACUUUGCCAGCCAUCACGUGCUUUGAGGAUGUCACAUCUGGUCUGAAGACUGCUGGGUACAUUUGGUCAGUAAAGGAACAUGGCUGCCUAAUCAAGUUCUACAACAAUGUUGUUGGGAUUAUGCCGAACGCGGAACUCAGACGGGCUGGUGUCACAGACGACAUGGUACAGGGCAAGGCUAUCAAGGUGAUAGUAGUGCGUGUAGAUAGCGAGAAUAAGAAGUUCUACCUCGCCCUCGCACCAGCCAAUGAUGAGACCACUGAAAAUGUCGAUACAGAUGCACUCACAAAGGUGCAAACCGGACAGAUCGUAUCUGGUAGUAUUAUCGGUAAAACUAAGUUGGGGCUACAGGUGCGUAUCCACCCGUCGAAUGCGGUGGCGUUUUUACCCGCCACACAACUCACAGACCACCCCACGCAUGUUGAACGCUUGCACGAGCACUAUGCUAAUGUCAAGGGUGACUUGAGCAAGGUGUUGGUACUGCACAAGGAAGAAGCUACUGCUCACGCGCCCGUUAGAAUAACUCUAUCCAUCAAACCAUCGUUCUUGCGGUCGGUGAAAGUGGUAGAGUCUGACGACGACGAUGAGAGCGCGGCGAAAGCAGAGGUCAGCACGCUCCCAUCAUCAAUUGACCAAUUGAGUGUGGGCGCUUUGGUAUCCGGUUAUGUACGUAGUACCGCCAAUUACGGUGUAUUUGUGGGUUUUUUGGGUGAUUUGACCGGUCUUGCGGGCCUAAAGGAUGUGUCUGAUAAGUUUGUCUCUAAAACUGAGGAGCACUUCACAGUCGGCCAGUCCGUGAUAGCCAAGAUCACCAAGAUCGACACCAACGCAGGUCGGGUGAACGUGUCGCUCAAGAUGUCUGACUGUGCUACACCUAUGACUGAGUUAUCGCACCACAAGAACUACUUCACGGAAGAGACGCUCCUCACAAACGCCGCAUACAAGGCGAUGUCGUCAGAGGCUCUGGCCGUUUUGAAGGAAGAGAACAUUUCUGGAACUAUGAGCGGUACGGUGACGGCUGUGCGGCCUUUCGGUGUGAUUGUGGAUUUGGGUGGCGGACUUACGGGCUUUGUGACCACGGAACAGACCAAAGGUAUGAAGUCUGUGGUAGCUGGUAACGACGCUAUGGGUCGCCUGUUGGAUGUGGAUGCGGCAAAGAAGGUGGUGGAUCUAACACUCAGACCUGAAGCGCUUGCCAGCGACAACGGCAAGAAAUUGAGCAAGAAGGAGAUUGCGGCCUUCCACAAGGCCGUGGAGAAGCACGAAACGGUCGCGAUCAAUGUUGAGCUGGUUAAGGAGGACUACCUCGUAGUAACUAUCCCCAAGUACGACAGUAUGCUGGGCGUGGCGCUGGUGAAGGACUACAACGACACAUCGAAGCCUUUCAACAUAUACUCCAUCGGACAGAAGUUGAGUGCUGUUAUUAUAUCUCCUCCUGCGCCUGCGAGCACCGACAAGAAGGUGCCGUGUCUGCAACGUUGUAUCCUCCGCUUGAAUGUCAACAAGGAGAAGAGUGCCGCCGUCGCCGGCGCACACGAUACCGUGCAUGACAGUAAGCACCGGUUGGCUGAGAUGCGCGAGGGUAAUAUGGUAGAGGCCGUCGUCACGAAGCGUACCGGAGGUCAGCUCAAUGUAGAUAUCGGCGCACAUAUCAAGGGCCGUGUAUUCAUCACCGAUAUACUAGAUGAUAAGGAGGCUCUGGCCCUGGGUACUAACCCCACACAGCAAUACACCAAGGGUGAUGUGAUCAAAGCACGCGUGGUCGGCUUCCGUGACCAGAAGACCUACAAGACACUCGCAAUCACACAGAAGAAAACGAACAGAACACUUGUCGAACUAUCACUUCGCCCCAGUGUCGUGGGUGAUGGCAAGGACGUCGAGCCUAUGAAGAUGAAGUACACUCCAGUGCGCGCAGAGUCACUCUCGGCUGGAGAAUCGGUCGUGGGAUAUGUACACGAAGUUGUAGGCGAUCACGUGUGGGUGCGUUUGUCGUCGGAUGUCCGAGCGCGCAUCGGAGUACUGGACUGCUCCCGUGAUAUCAAUGUGCUCUCCAAGCUGACAAAGCACUUCAAAGACGGUAUGCCCGUGAGGUGUACCGUGACCCAUGUGAAUCUGGAGAAGGACGCCGUGGAUCUCACCAUGCUAGACAGCCCCACGGAGCAGGCCAAGCUAGAGAUAGGCACGGAGACGGUGGGCAUAUACAGACAGAUCCUUGCGAACCAGACCGCUGUGCGUGUGGAGAUCCCGGGCCACAAGUUUGGCCUGGUGCACGUCACCGAGAUGUCGGAUGAGUACGCUGAGGAUGCGUUUGCCGGUAUUAAGGAGGGCGCGAUUGUCAAGUGUGUCGUAGUGGGGCUUGAGGAGGAUGGCAGGCGUAUAAGCCUGUCUACGCGCAAGUCAGCCUUGGCCGGUGACCAUGUUGAGGCUAUCGAGGCCGUGGAUGUGCGUAUCGAGAAGGCCAGCGAUCUGGCCGAGGGACAGAUUGUUAGGGGUUACGUUAAGAGUAUAUCUGAGAACGGGUGCUUUGUGUGGCUCAACCGUGAGCUGUGUGCACGCGUCAAGAUCGCGAAUCUGUCGGACGAGUUUGUGCGUGACUGGAAGACUCUGUAUCCCCCAGGCAAGCGUGUGACAGGCAAAGUGCUGUCCGUUCAGGAAUCCCCGAUUGAACGCGUGGAGAUGUCGCUUAAAGCAACUGUCUUGGAUCCAUCUUUGGCCGCUGCUAAGAGUGCAUCUGCCGUCACUUUCGAAACGCUUGAGAAAGGCAUGACUGUUACUGGCACAGUGCGUGCCAUCGAGCGUUACGGCGUAUUCGUGAAGAUUGACGGCGGCGAGGCUACCCGUCUCUCUGGAUUGGCUCAUAUCUCCGAGUUGAGUGAUGUGUCUAUCUCAGAUGUUACGAAGGUGUUCAGCAUAGGUGACGCUGUGAAAGCUAAGGUUUUGAAGCUUGAUGCUAAGAAGAAGCAAAUGUCUUUGGGUCUCAAGGCGUCGUACUUUGCUGACGAGUCGGAUAGCGAGAGUGAUACGGACAUGGAAGACGCCUCCGACGAUGACAACGCCGCUGCGGCAAUCAGUGAUGCCGACGAAGACAUGGGUGAGGUUGUGCAAGACAGUGAUGCCGAAGUCAGCGAGAGUGAGGAAGAAAGCGAAGACGACAGUGAAGGUCAGGAGGAAGAGAAGCCCAAGAGCAAAGGUACCAAGAGAAGCGCCAAGGAGAUGACUCCGGAAGUUGAGGUGGACUCGGCCACUGCUCUGCCCGCCGUUGGGUUUGGAAUUGGUUUUGGAACGACUCUCGCGCAGACUGAGGUUGAGGAAGACACAGCGUUGCCCGAAGACGCCGACUCUUCAGAUGACGACAGCGACGCGGAGGAGACGGUCAAGAAAGGAGCGUCUAAGCGUCAGAAGAAGCGAGCUGCACGGGAUGAGGAAGAGCUUCUGCGCAAGAAGGAGGCCGCUCUACUGGAUCCCAAUGCGACACCCGAGAGUGCGAAUGACUUCGAGAGGCUUUUGAUGGGGUCGCCGAAUUCAUCGUAUCUGUGGAUCAAGUACAUGGCCAUGCAUAUUGGUCAGGCCGAGGUGGAUAAGGCGCGGGAAGUAUUUGAGCAGAGUAUUAAGACGAUCUCGUAUAGGGAGGAGAGAGAGAAGUUCAACAUGUGGAAGGCUUAUAUGAAUCUGGAAGCACAGUACGGGGUGGAUGAUAGGGCGCUACUCAAGGCGUUUGAGCGUGCAAACUUGUCCAACGAUCCUAAGAAGGUGCACUUGCACCUGGCUGAGAUCUACAGGACGCUGGAUGGCAAGAAGGACUUAUUGUUCACCAUGUACGAGACGAUGGUGAAGAAGUUCAGGGGCUCUAAGAAGAUGUGGAUUCUGUAUGGUCUAGACAAACUAAAGGAUGGCGAUGUAGAGGCAACCCGUGCUAUUCUUAAGCGUGCCUUGAAGGCGCUACCAAAGCGUAAACACAUUGCCACUAUCAUCAAAUUUGCACAGAUGGAGUUCAAAUUCGGAGAUCCAGAGAGGGGAAGAACCAUCUUUGAGGAGGUGCUAGCCAAUUACCCGAAACGUGUGGAUCUGUGGUCUGUAUAUAUCGAUAUGGAGUUGCGGGUAGCUGACGAAGCACAUAUACGCCACUUAUUUAACCGUAUAACCACUUUCAAUCUAUCUACCAAGAAGAUGAAGUUCUUUUUCAAACGGUAUUUGGAAUAUGAGCGCACGCACGGCACACCCAAGACGGUCGAUGCCGUUAAAGACAAGGCUCGAGCGUACGUUGAGUCCAAAAUGCAAGAAUAAUGUUUUUUAGGAAUAAAUUAUAUAUUUAGAAUCAAUGGCGCUGGCUGGUUGAGAG